AUGGCCUCGACCUGGGAGUAUCCCGUCAUUGGGCGCCUUCCCACCCCCACUCAGGAGCUAGUAGCUUUCCGUACCAUGACGUUGCUGCAGGUGCCGAGUGUUCUCGAUUACCAUCCCUCCUGUGCAGGGCACAUCCCCGUCUCGGCGAAUUUGUUGCUGCUGUGCCUGGGUUGCCUUGACUUUCUCGGUUCUUUGGUUCCGCCUCAACAUCGUCAACACAUCCCGGCACAUCCUGGCCUGCCCUCUGUGCUCGCUGUUCGCUUCAUUCCUUCAAUCUUUGAACAUUUUUGA